CGGAAAGUAAUAAAACGGCGCUCGAGGCGCAGUGGAGGCAAAGGCAGCGGGGAGCGCGAGACGGGUGAGCGCCACCGCGAAGCAGCGCCAAAACCCUAGCUUCCGCGCGCCACCGCCCAGAUCCGGGGCUCCCCCGCGAUGGCGGAGGCGCCGGCGUCGAGCCGGCGGAUGGAGGAGGAGGAGGCGUCCGCGGCGGCGAUGGAUGCGGGCGCGGGAGGAAGGGGGAGGGGGGAGGAGGAGGAGGAGGCGGGGACGGAGAGCAGCGACUACACGUCGGAGGACGAGGGCACGGAGGACUACCGCCGCGGCGGGUACCACGCCGUCCGCGUCGGGGACUCCUUCAAGCAGGGCGCCUACGUCGUGCAGUCCAAGCUCGGAUGGGGCCACUUCUCCACCGUCUGGCUCGCCUGGGACACCGCCCACUCCCGAUAUGUGGCACUGAAGGUGCAGAAGAGCGCACAGCACUACACAGAGGCAGCCAUGGAUGAGAUCAAGAUCUUGAAGCAGAUUGCUGAUGGUGACCCCGAUGAUUCCCGAUGUGUUGUUAAGCUUCUUGACCACUUCAAGCACUCGGGUCCUAACGGGAGCCAUGUGUGCAUGGUUUUUGAGUUUCUUGGUGAUAACUUGCUGACCCUGAUAAAGUACACGAAUUAUCGUGGAAUCCCGCUUCCAAUGGUCAAAGAGAUAUGCCGCCAUGUGCUUAUUGGCCUUGACUAUCUUCACCGCACACUUUCGAUUAUUCACACUGACCUUAAACCUGAGAAUAUAUUGCUUGUGUCCACUAUUGACCCCUCAAAGGACCCCUGGAAGUCAGGUGUGCCCUUGGUUCUUCCUGCUGCAAAGACAGAUGAGCCAACUCCAAAGGCACCUGCACCAUCAACUAAUGGUGGUAUCACCAGGAACCAGAAGAAGAAGAUCCGGAGGAAAGCCAAGCGUGCAGCUGCUGCAACUUCAGAAGGCAGUGGUGCAGUGGCAUCUGCUGAUACAGAUGGGUCAGACGACAGAGGAGACCUGAGUACGAGAAAUGAGGGCAGUCCUGGCCAGGAUGGAGCUAAGAAGCGGGCAGCAGGAGGAGAUAGACGAGGUAGCAAAGGGGCUAAGAAGAAGAUGGCAAUGGAGGCUGACCUAAAGUGCAAGCUGGUAGACUUUGGAAACGCGUGUUGGACAUAUAAGCAGUUCACAAGCGACAUUCAAACAAGGCAAUACAGAUGUCCUGAGGUUAUACUUGGCUCCAAAUAUUCUACAUCUGCUGACUUGUGGUCCUUUGCAUGCAUCUGCUUUGAGCUUGCCACAGGGGAUGUGCUAUUUGAUCCGCAUAGUGGUGACAAUUUUGACAGAGAUGAGGAUCACCUUGCGCUGAUGAUGGAGCUACUAGGAAUGAUGCCUCGAAAGAUUGCCUUGGGUGGUCGGUACUCGCGUGAGUUCUUCAAUCGGUAUGGUGAUUUGAGGCACAUCCGACGCUUGCGGUUCUGGCCUCUUGGCAAAGUGCUUAUGGAGAAGUACGAAUUUACUGAAAGAAACGCAAAUGACAUGGCGGAUUUCCUUGUUCCAAUACUUGAUUUUGUUCCUGAAAAGCGCCCUACAGCUGCUCAAUUGCUUCAACAUCCAUGGCUUGAUGCUGGUCCCCUUCGACGGCAGCCUAAAACGCUGCCGGACUCGGCACAGAAUUCAGUUGACGGUGUUUCGGAGAAGCAAAGGAAAGAGAAUGAAGAAAGAGAUGCGAUGGCUGUAGUGUUGGGGAACAUUGCCAUAGAUGGUGUUUCUUCAUCCAAGAUCGUGGACGAUCCUCAAGCAAAUACAAAUAAGGCAAAUGCUACCCCUUCUAAGAAGUGAGAUGCAUUUAAUUUCACAAGUUAAAUUGUAAGACUUGUUUCCGGUUGAGAUGUGUUCCAUGAGUGGGAAUUGAGUGUUUCUUACUUCUUAGGUUUGAAAUAUGUUAGGAUAGCUACCCAGGGAAAAGAAGACUGGGCCAAAUAUUUGUUGUACGGGCUUGGUUGGACAAGGUUAGAUUUGUUGGGGUUGCAGAGACCAUGGCCCUUUUUCCUGAGAACAUAUUCUUUUGUAAAAUUAGAAUCUGCAAUUUUGUUUAAGUCAUUUAGGAGUGAACAACGGGGAACCGAGAUCAUUUUUACCU